AAAAACUUCGUGAGUCGUAUCUGCCCAUCUCCCUCACCUGUGGGCAACAGGAAAAAAAUUCAAUGCUUUCCCCCAAACUUCUCGUUCUGGCGGCUUUGUCGUCGGCCUCGGUGGCCUUUGAUCCUGCCACAGACACAACCUGCAACGACCAAGGAAUCUGCCUGUCUUCUUUUAUUUGGUGUGACAAGAAUGGACAGUCGUGCUCCUACCCAGAGGGCGCGGAUGCGUUGAUCCCGUCCAGCACCGCGGCGUCGUACGCUGUGCUUUAUCACCAUGUCGAGUACGAGAUUCGCUGGCGUCAGGCCAAGCGGGAUUUUGAUGUUUUGAUCGAAUGGCUGUUUGAUGGGAGCCCCUUUCAGAGCGAGGAGGAGAAGUCGGCUCGUGAGCUUCCUGUUAUGUGGAGUACCAACGUGACAACCUCGAGCACUGAGGGAUCCUUCACCUUUGAUCCGUUCACCAUCCUAAAGGACUUCCCCACGCGGCACGCGCCUAACAUGUCCGCCGGGGAGGCCGCGUCUUCGGCGAGUGGUAUGGCCAACACCAUCCGCCUCAGCCAGCCCGGUUCCGGCUUCCCGGAGGUUUACACCGAUCAGUUCAGUGUCCAGUCGGGCUGGGCUCAUCAGCUGGUGAGGAACAUCCGCCAGGAGGAGGCGGAUGUUCGUACGGAUGAGAAGCGAAAGAUGAGACUUGGGGUUGGGAUUGGUGUCGGUUUGGGAGUUCCGUUGCUGUCUGCCGUGAUGUGGUGGGCUGGUUCAAGACACGGGGCUUCCAGGGCGACUCGCUCCGUCGAGGGCAAAUAAAUGAGCUGCAAGUGAAGUUAUGGGAUCGGGUAUAGAGUGCUCAUUAGGCAAUGAGAGCCGGGUAGUCAUGUUGCCUGUUUUUCAAAGGCAAGUAUGGUCACAGAGUGACAUGAUGCAAGCCGACUGAGACGGAGAUGGAUGUCGCGGAUGGUAACGGAGUGCUUGAAAUUGCCUGGG